CUGCCGCUGCCCCAGAGGCAUCAGCAGGAGAAGACUCUAAACUCAUUUGGAGCCUUUGGGCGAGCUUUGGCCUUCAGGCGCCAGCUAGAACGCACGGAACGAGCAGGCAUUCGAGCCAGCCCCCGAAAUUCCGGGCAGCAGAGCAACAGGAAGAAGGAAAAGAAAGAAAGAAAGGGAGGGCGCUCGGAACUUGCAGGAAGUGGACUGGUCAUGGGCUCCGGCGUCACUAAGCAUUGAACACAUCCGUUUACCACAUCCUCUUGCGUGACAGCGUCAGAUAGAGAUUGGUGAGCGGAUAGAGACACCAGCCAGACGAUACUAGGUGCGACUCCGACAACUCAACUCGACCGAACACCUCCGCCUCUUGUGUUCACAGUUGAGUCGCGGCCGCACUUGAUGACGGAGCAGCUGAAUCCGUGCUGAACACCCGCCCCCAUCAGUGGCCUCAGAGCAGUGGCCUCGGCUGUAUAAAUAAGAGUCGGGAGGCGGACAUAGGCUGCGGGAUUGUUAGUCAUUGCAGAUUCGGUACUCGCGAGAUUGGCAUUGAAAGCGAGGCGAUUGAGCUGAGGAGGAGAAGAGGAAGAAAAGGUGGCCUAGCGAGGGUAUCAGCUGCCGCAGAAUCUGAUUCAAGGAAAGUUUGCUCGGACUGAGGGGCCUGCGGUAAUAGAACUUUUGAGAUACAGAAAGCAAGCAUGGAGAAAACCAAUGACGUGAGCGAGCAAAUUAAAGGUGUUGAAGAUCCUCUUCUCGUGAAGUCUAUGGAGAAGGAUGUUCUAGUCUCAGACAUUUCAGGCACAACGAAGGAACUUGAAGAUGAAGGAGAAAUGUUCGUCAUGGUUGGAGCCGAAGUCGCCGAUUCAGCGAACGAAAUAGCGAAGGAGCCCAGAAAAGGUUCUGGCUUGGUUUCGAUCCCGACAAUUCUUGAGAAGGAGUUGCAUGAACUUCUAACAAACAACUCUCCUGGAACACAAUUGGAGGUAUCAGAUGGGACCUUGAAGAAAGAUGGAAAUGGGGAUGAGAAAGCAGUGUUGCCCGAGAAAGUUGAAGAAUGCGUAGACAUGAAAGAGAAGAAAUUCGGAUUUGAUGCUGAAAAGAAGGAGAAAACGGAGAAGGAUGAUGGGUCCGAGGGUGACAAGACGAAAAAGGAGAAGGAAGAGAAGAAAGAUGAUGAAUCGGAAAAGAAAGAGAAGAAGGAAAAGAAGGAGAAAGGGGAAGACUCAGACAAAAAGGAGAAGAAGGAAAAGAAGGAGAAAGGGGGAGAUUCAGACAAGAAAGAGAAAAAGGAAAAGAAGGAGAAAGACAAAAACAGCGCAGACGGGAAGAAAGAUAAGGAAAAAGUCAAAAGUGACAAGGAAGGGAAGGAGAAGGAGAAAAAGGAGAAGAAGGAGAAGAAGAGCAAGAAAAGCAACGUCGAAAAGAUUCAAAAGAAGUUGGAAAAAAUCCAUGCCAAGAUGGAUAGAAUUCUUGCAAAGAAAGAAGAAUACCUGCAGCGGCUUGUAGAAGCUCAGGAGAAGGAUCGCCAAGAAAAAGAACGUCUGGCUGCGGAAAAUUCAGCAAAGCAAAAAGGCGAAUCACCUACAACCGUCUCUUCUUCUAUCGACAGACACGGCGAUGCCAGUACAGGAGGAGAUGUGAGGGAGGCCGAAGUAAAGCAAGUGGAACCUCCAGUGCACAUGAGUGCAAAGCAGCUUAAUGAGGAAAUGCCCUCUCCUCUUUCUGCUCCACAAGAAGAUAUCAGUAAUAAGGACACCAAACUUCCAGAGGAGAAGUCGUUACAGAAGGAGGUCAUUUCUGAGCAAUCCAAGAAGGAGCAGGUAGAAGACGUCAAACAUACCUCGGAUUCGGUUGCUGGGCAUAACAAUGGAGAGUCGGGUGCAUUAAGCUUUUCUGCUUGAUCGUGCCAUCUGAGAUUACACCGGACAGGUACCUUGAACUUGUCUCUAUUGCCUCCUACGUGCCAAAUGGCAAAUUUUAUUCGGCAGGUCAAGAAUGGAGUGAACCGUUCACCAGCUGUGGCGUAGGAAGCCUUUGAGAUAUUCCCCACACAUUCGUCCUUGGAGUCGCGAUCUAUCGCCACGAACUCAAUGCGAUCAGGUACAGAUGGGAAGCGUGUAGAUGUUUCUUAUCCAAACUAGACUUAGAUAAGAUUUUGACGCAAAUGAUUUUGAGGUUGUCUGGAUAUGUUCUACAAAGUGCAGAUAGUGAGGAGAGAAAGUAUAUGGGUGAAGCUAAAUUGGCAAGAGUUUACUACGGUAUAUUUUUCAUCCAUUGUACAAGAUGGUAUGUAUGGGACAUUUCAAGGACCCCUUUCGAACGAGCAAAUGUUGUUCGAAGGUUUCGAGUGUAAAAAACUUCUGACUCUGUACCAGGCUUUGUAAAUCCGCCUCUUUACUCCCGAGAGCGAAAACGAUAAUCCGUUCCUUCUACACUCUACUGCCGUUCGGAAUGGCCAAUUAUGAA